AUGAGAGUUAGAGGUCCACCAAAGGAGUAAGAAUCAAUGGGGAAAUCUUUAGAUAAUAACUCAGUUCAUAAAAGAAGAUAAGAAUUAUGGGAAAAGCAAAUGGGGUCAAAUUAAGUAUGCUAAGGAUAUGUCUCUAAUACUCAGGGAAGUGCAGAGUCUGGAAUAAAAUAGUUUUUAUCAUCAAUGAGGAAAAAUGGAAGCUUUCAAUAGAUCGAAAGCCAAUAUAGACCGAAUAUCACAGAAAAUGAAAUUGAAACACCCAAUAAAUCAUAACUGAAGGUUACAGACACAUAAUUAUUGACUCCAUUGCAAAAAAAUGCAUAAAAAAAUCAGACCACUUAUGAUAUUUUGUCAUAGAUCUAUGAAUUAUAAAAUAGGAAGAGCAGAAAUUAAUCGCUUUUGGAAGAAUUAAUGAGAAAAACUAAAUAGGCUAAUGAUAAUCUAACGUUCUAAAGAAUACUUCAAAGGAAAAAGUACUAUAAAAGAUCUCAGAGAUGUUAAUCAGUGGCUUAAAAAGAAUAUGAAUUAGAAUAACUAAAAGGCUAAUUGAUUUAAGUGAAAUAAGUGCAGGUUCAACCAAUCUAAAAGGAAUAAACUCCUAAGUAAUAGGAGAAAUUGAUUCCACUUUUGAUUAGAAAGGAGAAGACCAAAAGUCCACCAUCGAAAGAUAAUGAUAGAAAAAAAAUACAAGGUCCAAUUUGCAAAGCCAAAAAAAUAGUGAUUGAUGAUACUAGAUUUUGGGAUAUUGGAUUUACUAAAUUUAUAUAGAAUCCAAGUUAUCAGGAAAUCAAUUAAUUAAUUAAUUUCUGUAAUGGUAUUCAAGUGAUUCCUGCCUUACACCAAAAAUAUUAUAAGUUGUUUGUAGGCAGAGGCAAUAAUCAUAUGAUGAUCAAAGGAAUAUUUAACUUAAGGCCAUAAUGGAGUAUUGCAAAUUCGAUAGAGGACGAUGCUGAAAUUAAUUUUGUAUGGACUCAAAAAUUCAUUGAUUUGCAACCUUCAGAAAUAAAACCAAUUCCUCAGACUAUCAUAUCUGAGGAAAUUAAUAGUUGGAUUGACUCUUAGUAAAUGAGUUUAAUAAGAUAAGCUUGGGACAAGGUUGAAGGAAAAUCAAAAAAGAAAUUAAAUGAAUAUAAUAUAGACAGUCCAUCUAUCUUAAAUAAUGUAGAUUAUUUUAUUUAUAUUUUAAGUUACAAAAUUACAAGGAAUUGAUUCAAUUAAAUCAUCAGACUAUGAACAUUCGCAUUCACAACCAUCUUAAAGGGGGCUAUCAAUUAGGUGAUAAGAAAUGGCUUUUCCAUAAUCUCUCAGAAUAUUGUUCAGAAUAGAGUAUUGAUGUGUGGAAUUACAUUCCAUUAACCUAUCAUAUUCAUGGACCAACAGAUCGAGAGUUCAUUAAUUUUUAAUAAACAUUCUAGCAUCUGUCAUAGGACAAGGAUAUUAAAAAUAUAUGGAUCAUUAAACCAGGAGAGGAUAGUAAUAGGGGCAAUGGAAUUAAAGGUACCUACAUCAAUAUUAGCAUUUAUAGUAACAAACUAAAUGUCUGAAAUUGUCCAACAUAUCACUCAACAAGGUCAUACAUUCAUUCUUUAAAAAUACAUUGAAAAUCCAUUUUUAUAUCAGAAGAGAAAGUUUGAUAUAAGAGGGUAUUGUUUAAUCACUAUUAUGAAUGGAGUUAAAAGAGGUAUCCUAAUCUGAUAGAAAUAGCUUAUUAGUUUAUUGGUACAAAAAAGGCUAUUUGAGAACAUCAAGUAGUUUCUUCACUUUGGAGUCAUUAGACAAUCAGAAGAUUCACUUAACUAAUGAUGCAAUCUAGAAUAAAUUAAAUGGCUAUGGAAAAUUUGAAAAAGGAAAUAAAGUCUCUUAUGAUCAAUUUUAAGCAUAUUUAAUAGAAUAGAACAAAUAAAACAAUAGCUCAUACAGUUUCGAUGAAUUAUAUGCUGAUAUGAAGGUAUAAUAUUCAUAUUCAAGAUAGGCUCUUACUAAAUUGGCCACACAAUCAGCUAUUGAUAAAAUCAGCAAUGAAGAUCAAAUUUUAGGAUUCGAAUUGUAUGGUUUAGAUUUUAUGAUUUCUAACAAUUUUAAACCAAUACUUAUAGAAUUCAAUACUAAUCCUUGUAUAGAGACUGGUUGUCCUGUCUUGACUAAGAUAAUUACUGGGCUUUUAGAAAAUCUUAUGAGAUUUAUCAUUGAUCCUUUGUUUCCAGCUAAAAGAAUGGGGAAUGAUGAUUUCAUGAACAAAAAUGAUUUUGAAUUAUUAUUAUCAUGUUGA